ACACGGGCGGAUCCCGGUGACGCCAACUACAGGAACCCGGUGAUUAGCAACCGGGCGCCUGGCAACAGCGGGCGCUUUGGUCCUGUGACGCCUGCAGGCCGAUAGCCUGGACUUGGGCCUCAAGUGGACGGUCGCAAUGUUCUGGGCAGCUCCCUGUCUUCACAUCACUGGAGUUUGGCUACUUUAGUUAACUCGCUUUGGUCAUGGCCACAAAGAUUCAGCAUCACCAAACGCAGAUCUUGAAUUCAGCCCACUCCUUUGGGACUUGGGUGCCUCCCAUAUCAGCUGGACAAGAUGUUGGAAGGAAUGUACAGAGUGGAUCACAAUUUUACAAGAAUCAGUUAAAAUUCAAUAAAGAUACACUAAGUACUGUAUCCAACCUGGCUGCGACAGUCACCGAACCUCGUCCAAUUGUAAUUGAAAAGUUACGCCAGCCUUGUGAUCCGCAUGUUCAGAAUGAUGCUCAGAGUAUGAGCAACUCUGUGCCAUUUUCUUCUGUGUCUGAAGAGAGACUGAAUAUGGCUGUUCGGAUGGCAAAGCGUGAUAUAAAAAAAGGGCAUCUGGAAGAACAAAUGAAGGAUUACUUGUAUAAACUUGAGCAAGAUCAAGCAGAAACAUCAAAGUAUAUUAAUCGAGUGAAGGGGAAGUCUGUUGAGAAUGCUGCAUAUGUCAGGAAUCGGCUGAAAAUGGAGACACUUACAAAGCUGAAACAGCAAAAGAACCAAACUUCAAAAGAAGGCAUUACAAAGUCUGGUGCCAGGGUUUAUAUUUGCACGUCUGACCAAAGCCAAGCCAGGCCUGCCCGCACAGAUUCACCACCAACACAUGACCCAGGCCCAGAUCAGAAUCGUCAGAACCAGGGCAGCAAAACUGCUGAAGAGAUUCGUAGGCUGAGAACAGAGCUCAGCAAGUACUUUCAAAAAAUUGAGGAGCUGUCCAAGAGAGAGAAAUAUACAGAUAUCCUGGAUCCUGAAGAAGAGCGAAGAAUGCAGAUAAAAAGACAAGAACAGGCCUCUCGCUCGGCAAGGAUGCUGUAUGUUUUGCAGCAGCAAGUAAAUGAAAUACAAGAAGAGAUAGAAAAACAAAGUCCACAUAAAAUAAAACAUACCAAAAAGUCUCGUGCCAUGUCUCGGUUAGCAGCUGCACAUAGAGGAGCUGUUCGUGCAUUGCAAAUGUUUGUUAGUCAACUUUCUGGACAAUCAGAACAGCAGAUUCCUACUUACUAUAAGGAACUGGGUCAGUUAAUUCGACAACUUUCUCUUUGCUCUGCCAAAAUGGAAAGUGACAUGGAUGCUUCUAUACCAGAAACCAUUAUUAACAUCCUUCAGCAAGUUGAGGACUUGGAUUCACUGCUUGGGAGCCAACUUCCUCAAAGGAAAUCGAAUCAAUUACUACAGAGAGCCCGUAGUGUAUCCCCCCCGAACAGAAAAGGACCUCCAGGUAGACACAGAAGCCGUUCUGCUGAAAGAUUACAAAAACCAUCCAUUACAAAGCACAAUGUUUCAUAUGCACAGAAACAAUUGCCUCCUCUUAAGACAGUGCAGAUUGAUGAAAGUUUCCAUGUUGCUGAAUCUCCCAGACCUCAGCUAUGUGAUAGAGAGUCUUUGCCUAUCCAGGAGGAGCAGCAACAGCAGGAAGAAAGUCCUCCAACUCCUGACAGGAGUACUGUGCUGAGGGCUGGGUUAGAUGCCUUACAACGUGUUGGAGCCUUGAAAAAAUCUGCUAUGGAAAGAAAGGCAACAAAGAAAGGAGUGCUACUGCCUACCAGGUCAUAUCCAAGAGGACAGAAUAAUCUUGAAAUGCAAGCCUGCUUUCAGAAAUCCACAGUAAGCUCAGAACUAAAGAGGUAUCAGGGACCACCUAAAGAAAGCAGACCUCCGUGGAUUCCAGGAUAUCCCACUUGUCCUCUUGGACCUUCUAAACGAAUUCCGUGGAAGAAACAGAAAACAAAAUUGGAGAGCCAGAAAUCUAAACCAGCAGACAAAAGUCAAAUUUGCUUGUUCAAGGAAAUGGAACAAGAAAGGCAAGAAGCUGCUAACACUGAAGCAAUCAGGUUGGCUUGGCUUGAUUCUGAGACUGCCCACAGGCUGAGGGAGCUCAAUAAACUCUGCAUACAAGAAACAGACAGAAUAAAGAAAUUAAGAGUUGAAGCUGACUCUCCCAACAAAUGGAUUGCAAAAGCAGAAGGAGACAUUCGUGAGAAACUUCAGCCCUUGCUGGACAAAGCACAGGUUAUAAGUGAUACUUGGGAAAAGAGAACUCGAAGUAAAGACUGUUCAUUGCAACAUCAACUAUCAUUACAAAUUGCUGAAAAGGCUGCAGCUAGUGCGGACCUCCUUAGUGAAAAGCUAUUGGAUGAGCUGCUAGAAGACACAGCACAUGAGUUAUUGAAUUUGGAACUAAAUGCAAAAACUCAUUCAGAAGCUCUGAUGAUACAAGAAGGCACUACAUUAGAGAACAUGUUACAAAGAAUAGAGGAAAUGGAAAGAUACCAAGAGGCAGUUUGCAGAAGAAUUUGCCAGAUUGAAUAUGCUGACCCAGACUUCUGGGCUGAGGAAGAAAAGCAAGAAAGAGAGUUUGUUUUAAUUGACACAAAACCACAUACUCCGCAACCAAUCAGGAUCACCAGAACAAUUGAACAAAGUGAGCCAACAUUGGACAGAAUAACUCAGAAGUCUUUGGAAGCUGACCCUGCUGAAGAUUUGGAAUUGAGUGGAAAGCCAGAACCUGCUUCACUGUUGGAGCCAUUAACCCAGAAAUUAUCCAGGAAGAGGCAGAAUGGGAUUGAACUUUCAAUACCACAAAAAAUGUUUCACCAUAUACUUGACUACCGUGAAAGAUUUGACCAGCAUCUAAAAAUGAUUUCACAUGAGGCUGUAGGGAGCUUUAAUCCAUGGUUAAUUACUGAAAGCUUGGCUGAAGAGCUAAUGGAUGAAGGUCUAAGUGAUGUAGCAGCUGAAUUGCAAAAUGUAUGUGAGGAGUAUGCAGAAGCCUUGUUCACUUCUGAGUUUGUGCCGCCUGUGGAGUGAAAAACAAAACAAAACUGAAUAUUGCCCUAGCGUCACUGGCAGCAGGAUAUUUAAUGCGUCUCCUGAAUUCUCCAAAGAAGCUUAUAAAUUAUCACCUGAAAACACAUGACUAAAGCAUAACUUGUACAUUGUACAUGUAAUGUUCUUCAAAUUCAACUUCAUGUAUAACAAUUCUUUUAUUUUACCUUUAAUCUUAUCAUAAAUUUUAAUGAUUUAAAGUAUUAAGGCAUUAAUUUCUUUUAAUUAAAUUAAGAUGUCUCAAGUUAGACUUUUAAAGCCUGCCUACUUUCACCAGAUUUCCCUUGUUUCAUUUCAAAGUAUGUGCUAUUUUGACAUUUUAAAAACUGAUUUGUGGUCCGUGCUCAGACUGGAUGAAUGGAUCAUGUCUUCUAUACGAUUUAUAUCAAUAUAUUUCCCUGUUGCAGUGAAUAUUGAAGACAUUAAUCUCACCAUCCCUGGUAUAUGUGUAAAUGAAAUUUUACUUUGGAUUUUUUUCCCCCUUCAGGACAAUUAAAGAUUGUGCAGAUGCUUGUUGCUUUCACAGUUUUUUUACUUUUUCCAGUUUUGAGUUUUAUUUAGCAGCAGUUAUGUACCCUGUUUUCCUCUACAUGUACAAUAUUUGUUUUUCUGUUGGUCUUCAAGUCAAACUUUAUGGUAAUAUUUCAUGGGUAUUGUGUAUAUUUGUUCUCACUCUCCAGGUGUCCAGCUAGUAACACUUUCUGCAGCUCUAGUCUAGAAUUAUAAAAAACCUGUAGAAUAAGGUGCACUUGUAGCCAAAAUGUGAAGGUUCGUGUUAAAUGUCAGGUUUCAGGACAAAUGCCUGGAAGUGUUUCGUUAUGCAGAAAAUAGUUUGUAAUUGGAAUGGAUUGCUGGACUAAGGUUGAUUGACUCAGGAUACUUUUUUUUUUACAGGAAUGGCAAAAUCCUACAAUGUGAAGAUAGUAAUACAGUCAGUUCUGAUAUAAUGCGAUAGUUCCAUUCUCAUGCCAUGUCACAUUAUGAGAAAAUCGCACGAUAGCCAAGCUAUUUAAACCAAUGGGUCUGGAAUUGCAUUAUAGCUAAUGGGUACAGAAAGAUGAGAUCAAACAAUCCAUUACAUUAUAUUUAUCUGAAUCAUCAUCUCUGCUAUUUUUGUGAGGUCUAAUUUUUUGGCAGCAGUGAACCAUGGCAGCCAGACUUGUGUCUGAAACAAAUAAAGCAUUCAUAAUUACAUGUACUGAGUUGGAUGGGAUUGAUGGAGGUCUUAUUUGGGGAGAGGGGGUGGUGAUUUUCUACAGCUUAGUUUAUCUUUGGCUUUAGAAACAUUUAAUUUUGGAAUAUGUUCUAGAUUUUUUUUAUCUAUGGAGAUCUCAAAGUGCUUUCAGUUGCUGCUGCUAGUGGUGAACUGAUGUGGCCUGCUUUUCUGAAAUAUUGCUUCCACUGUUUCACACAAAAAGAGCACUUUUUUCUUGAACCCAUGCUAAGUUUCAGCUGCAGUUCCUUGUCAAGCAGUCACACCACUUAGUUUCAGAUCUACAAAAGUCAAGCUUCCUCUAUUGAGUGCAUGUUGUGCUAGAAAUUGGUCUUGUAUUACAUCUACACUGUAUUGACUUUUCCUGGCUAUUCCCACCUGUUUACUACAUGUGAGUAAUUUGCAAUGAGCGUAAGCUAUUGGACAUAAAAUGUAAAUGUAGCUCCAUUAGAAUUGAAGCUAAAUAAGAACUGUUACAGCAUUUAAAGUAACUCAUUAUGUGUUAAAUGUCUCUGAUGUUUCUGAGAGAAGUCAUAAUAUGUAUGUUGAGAAAACGACAUGUUUGUAUUGGAAUGAAAUUAUGUAGACUUGGGUGAUAAUUACAAAUAAGCUGUCUGUCCUUCAAAGACUAUUGAUUCUUGCAUGUAAGAAAUCUUGUGGCAAAUGUCAAAGUCAAAGGUUUUAGGCUGUUACUGAUGGCAGAGUGAUGAAUUUACCCUCUAGUUUGACAUUUGAGGCUUAACGAAUUGAACAUUAGUUCCUGUUUGGCAAAAAUGUUUUGGUAUUAAAUUUACGAUUAUAAGCGAUUCCUUAUUUUAUUAGCAACACAGCAGAAGCAUUGACUGAACCCAAUAUCUGCAUUGUUUUCAAAUUUCAAAAUGAAGUCUUCACAACAACCACUUAAUUUUUGAAUCCUUGUUUAGGUCAUUGAGCAUCUUCAUCCUUGUUCAGUGACCUGACAGCGUAAAAUGAUCAUUGUUUUCCUUUGCUUGAUCAUUAUUAGAAACUUUCUGGGGUGUUUGUAUUAACUUGGAAGGAAUUUUGCUUACCUUUAAUCUAACUUUUCAGAUGAAUUUGUCAACUGGGUGCCUCGGUAAGUAAGAAAUAUUAGAUUUUGCAGUUCCAAAUAUGCUUAAUUCUGGAUAAAAUGUCAAUGUGUGCAUAUAACUUUAUACUUCACUGAAACCACAGCAUAUUUAAAAGCUAAACGUAUUCAUUGCAUCCAAGAUACAUUUUUAGGCCAUGCAUUCUAACAUUGAAAAUAAGUCCUAUAUCAAAACUUGUCUAAGAGCUACAGGUGCAAGUUAUUCAAACAAUAUAUAUUUGAAUUGAUUGACUAAUAGAUAAUGUUAUAAACAGCUGAGUUUGACCUGGUAAAAUGAAUCAAUUUCCCCACAAUUUGUUGUAAAAUAACUGGGACUUCUCAAGCUGAUUUUUGAAUGUAACAUUUAGCAUGGUGCAUACUGUUGAAUGUAAGUGGGCAAGUGAAAGUUCACAUUAUUAAAAGAAACAGGUGUGCAGCCACACAGAUUAUACCUCAAAGAUGUGUUGCAUCAUCAUUCUGGCAACAACUCCUGACAAACCCUGGGUGUAGUGUGCUGCGAAUCUUGUCUCAAUACCAUGCGUACAACCAUUCGAUUAGAAAUGGAACAACACUUAGAAACACAGGUCACUAUUUAAAAUAAAAUAAUGGAUUUGGGAAACCUUUUUUCUGUUCUGAAAAUGAACUUCUAAAAUAAUUUUGUCUUUAAAUGAAAUUUAAUUGGAACAUUGACACAAAUAAUUGAUUUUUGAUUGUUAUUUUCACUUCUGUAAGGAAUUAGUGGGAAGGAGAAGGUCAUUUAGAUGUGUGAGCCGGCUCACUUGAUAAGAGUAUUGCUGUCCUUUUACCUUUCCUUGUUCUUUGCACAAUUGUCUUACUGUCCAAAAAUCUAUCCAUCUCUGUCUUGAAUAUAUGUGAUAGGUGAGGAGUAACAGCACUCACGAUAGAGAAUUUCAAAGGUCCAUUGACCCAGUGAAUAAGUUUUCUGCCCCUUUCAGACUUAAGUGGUUAAUCCCUUAUUAAGAGACAGUGAUUUCUAGGUCAAGAGCUCCUAGUUUGGUGGAAGAGUCUCCAAGCAUUUACUGUGUCAAGUUCAAAAUGUAUAUUUAAGUUGGAUUAUUUUUAUUCUAAAUUGUAGGCCUAGAGUAUUCAACUUCUUUAUACGAUAAUCCUCUCAUCUGAAAAAUGUGUGCGCCUUGUGUAUUUCUUUUCAUUCAAGCAAGCAAAUUCCAAUGAGUUUUUAAAACCUAGCUUUUGCUGUUCAAAAAUGAAGCAGAACUCAAAGUUAAAUAACUUGUUAAGUGGAUCUUUACACAAAUUAUAAAUGUUAAAAGGUAUGAUUCUUUGAUUCUGUGGAGGAGCACAUAAUUUUAAAUAGUAUUAGUUUGAGAUAUUGUAGAUUUUGUAAUAUUUGCUGAGGAAUGGCAGAUUGAAGUUUGUGUACAUUGAAGUUGGUAAAUUGAUCUCUUACUGAUUUAAGCUAAAAUUCAAAAUUCAUAAGAUCCAACAAAGGUUUUCAUGCUUUAGCCCUCAGUGAAAGAGUGUAUUUCUCAUGAAAUUGCAUGACCUCCGUAUUAUUUUUGCACCUUGGAAAAGUGAGAACCACUCAAGUUCAUUAAUCCAUUGGGAACUUUACCUAUGUGCUGCUCUCUGACUAUAUGCAGAAAGAAGUCCAGAGUUGAAAUCAGAAUACAUAUUUUAGGGGGAUGGAGGGAGAGAUAGUUAAUUGAUUAGAGACCAGUAUUAACCUGACAACACCAUAACUCUUGAAGUACUUUAUGUAGAGUUCAACUUCCUUGCGUAAGUUUGGAUUAGACAUUCAGUCCAUAUAUGAAAUCUUAUUAAAAUUGUACGUUUGCUUGUAGCUAAUUAUUUUAAUGCUGCAGUUUUGUGUUAAUAACAUUUUCAAAUUUUUUUGGAAGGUUCAAUUCCUUGGACAUUUUAAUACAGCUUUAACAUUGACAGAUAAAUUUGUAAAUAUUUAACUGGAAAAUGUAUUCAUGUUUUGGAAUGAAUUUUUAAAUGAUAUGUUUUGGGUGAAAAACAUUUUGUGAGAAAUUGCUUUCUAUAUCUAUAAAUAUUUAUGCAAUAAACAUUUUUUAUUGUUUUCUGGU